AUGUCCAUGUUGACCGACAUCGAACAACAGUUUCUGGAAUCUUGGGGAGGAGUUGAGGAUGUAUAUUGGUGCCAGAACUAUGGACAACAACAUUGGUUUGCCAUUGAGGCUUCCAUUUCUAGUUGGACCCUCAUUGUUUACGAUUCGGACAACUCGGUGAUUAGUGACGCAAAGUUGGAGGAAAUUAUGAAUCCAUGGUGCUUUUUGCUUCCUUCUCUGUUAAUGCAGAGUAAACUGUUUACUGAUAGCUUGAUGUUAACGAUUCCAUCAGCAGGAAAGAGACCGCAUCAGUUCACAUGGCGUUGCAAACAGAAACACGAGCUCACUCAGUCAAAGAGAAGUGGGGAUUGUGGUGUGUAUGCUGUCAAGCAUAUUGAGCAUCUAAUGGUCGACCUUCCAUUGGAAACUAUCUGCGAUGAAAAUGUGGAGGUGUUCAGGAACAAGUGGACCACAGACUUGUGGUAUCAAAAUUUGUUACCUUGAUGAUUGUAUAUAUACAGGGUCUUUAAUUGUGCAGUUUUUUGUUCCCAUUUUUUUGUAACUUACAUAUGUCUGUUAUCGAGUUCAUAUCAAACAUUAUCGAACUAAUAUCGAGCUGUUAUCAAACUAAUAUCGAGCUUCAAUAGAGCAAUAUCAUUUUCAUAACCAUAAGUCUUUUGUUAUCGAACUAAUAUCAAGCCAUAUCG